CUCGCGGUCAGUACACUAGCCUUUCUCGCGGUACCCUUGUGCUGCCGUCACAGUAUUAAAAAACCUCACGAGCCGUCAGGCGCACGAGGCUGUCCGGCUACAAAAUGGCCCAAUCGGCCGUCCUGCAGCUGCAUCCAGUCCCCUCAACAACCUCGACCCCCCGCAGCCGACGCCACCGCGCCUCGGCCCCGUUCUGCCGCACCCGUCGGCACGACAGCGCCCGCCCGAUGGCAUCGUCGACCGUGGCCAGGGCCAGCGCGGCGGCGCCGCCGGGGCUCAAGGAGGGCAUCGCGGGCCUGUACGACGAGUCCUCCGGGGUGUGGGAGAGCAUCUGGGGCGAGCACAUGCACCACGGCUUCUACGACUCCGGCGCCGCCGCCUCCAUGUCCGACCACCAACGCGCCCAGAUCCGCAUGAUCGAGGAGGCCCUCGCCUUCGCCGCCGUCCCGGACGAUGCGGCAAACAAACCCAAAACCAUAGUCGAUGUUGGUUGCGGAAUCGGCGGUAGCUCGAGAUACCUGGCGAACAAGUACGGAGCACAGUGCUGCGGCAUCACGUUGAGCCCUGUUCAAGCUGAGAGAGGAAAUGCCCUGGCGGCGGCGCAGGGGUUAUCGGACAAGGCUUCUUUCCAAGUUGCUGAUGCUCUGGAGCAACCAUUUCCCGAUGGGCAGUUUGAUCUUGUCUGGUCUAUGGAGAGUGGUGAGCACAUGCCCAACAAACAAAAGUUCGUAAGCGAGCUGGCGCGCGUGGCAGCUCCAGGAGCGACGAUCAUCAUUGUAACCUGGUGCCACAGGAACCUCGAGCCGUCCGAAGAGUCCCUGAAACCUGACGAGCUGAACCUUUUGAAAAGGAUAUGCGAUGCAUAUUACCUCCCUGACUGGUGCUCGCCUUCUGAUUAUGUCAAGAUCGCUAAGUCAUUGUCCCUGGAGGAUAUCAAGACGGCUGACUGGUCGGAGAAUGUAGCUCCGUUUUGGCCUGCUGUCAUACAGUCAGCACUCACGUGGAAAGGCCUCACUUCUCUGCUAAGGAGUGGAUGGAAGACAAUAAAGGGAGCGCUGGUGAUGCCUCUGAUGAUUCAAGGCUACAAGAAGGGCCUUAUAAAGUUCACCAUCAUCACCUGCCGUAAACCCCAAACAGCAUAGAAGGAGAAACUCUGGCCGGCCGCGUAACGCACGUGCAUUCACUAGUUGGAAUCCAUGACACUCGUGAAUUGUAGUGAAUAAUUUUUUGAAGUGGUUCCUAAAGCAAUGCUCCCAAAUUCAUAGGAGCAAUACCGUGCUUACAAAAAAGAGAGAGGAAGAGGUACUAAAAAAAUUCCGUACGUACUGAUGUGGAUCGAUUGCUAAAUAAACUGGAAAAAUGACCCAUGAUCUUAAA